GUGUCAAACUGAAAUUUUAGGUUAUGGGUUGUCUAUGAUCAACAUUUUAUUCGAAACUAAAGCAAUAAUUUGGUAAAAAUGUCGAGCUCCAUUAUAAAAUUCUUAGCUUUAGAUAAAGUGGCGACUGUUUUUAAUAUGGUACGCCAAAAUGGUGGCAUCUUAGGAUCGUUGCAUAAACUUUAUAGACAAGAAGAACUAAAAGACGGCAAGCUUGUUGGUGAGGAUUCAUUUGGCAAUAAGUAUUAUGAAAACCCACGAUACUUCUACAGCAGGAACAGAUGGGUGGAGUAUUCCGACAACUUCCACAUGAACUAUGAUGCUAGUCAGGUCCCUGCUGAAUGGUACGGUUGGCUGCAUUACAAAACGGAUCUGCUACCCCAUCAGGACCCAGGCAGACCCAAAUACAAGUGGAUGGCGGAACACACAGAAAACCUGUCUGGCACCACGGGCCAGUACGUUCCGUACAGCACUACCCGCCCGAAAGUCGAAGCUUGGAUGCCUAAGCCAAAAACCAGUGCUUAAAAAAAUGACCAUAACACGAAAAUCUAUUUGUGAAAAGUAUAUAAAUAAUUUGGGUUUGUUUUAAAUUAUAAUUACAGAUUAUU